GAAACAAACAAAACAUGGACUUUCCACCUCAGCUAGUCUACAUUUGUGCCUCACUUGCACAAGUCACAAUUUCAUUUUUCUCUUUUGUUUCUGUUGAUUAAGUCUGGCACCUGACAUUAAGAUGCUUUGUACUGUUAUCCUCCUCUUGGCAUUAACAGGACUGUGCCAAUCUACUCUAAUCAGCAAGAGUCACAAAGGAGAUAAUCCUCUGCUGCAGUACGUGGUGAAUAACUCUCUGAGAGAACACCCUGUGCUGACCAAACUACGACUGAGAACUAUGAGUGACCCCUGGUACCUGAUGAUGGUGGCAUCUGAACAGGCUCAGCUUAUGGCUAAUCUUGCCAAACUAAUAAAAUCCAAUAAAACUAUUGAGAUUGGGAUGUACACAGGAUACAACGCCUUAAAUUUGGCUCUGGUAGUUCCUGAGAAUGGACGCGUGGUGGCCUGUGAAAUUAAUGAGGAAUAUGUGGAAAUAGCCAAGCCAUUUUUUAUAGAGGCUGGAGUGGAGGAUAAAAUAGAUAUCCAUAUUAAACCUGCAGUUGACACCUUGGAUGAACUCCUAAGUGCUGGCGAAGCUGGGACAUAUGACUUUGUGUUCAUUGACGCUGACAAGAAGAAUUAUGACACGUACUAUGAAAAGUCACUCCAGCUUGUUAGAAAGGGUGGCAUUGUAGCUAUCGAUAAUGUUCUCUGGGGUGGUAAGGUCAUCAACCCAGCUGAAGAUGACCUUUCUUCGCAGACCAUAGACAAACUCAACAAGAAGUUAUACAAAGAUGAGCGGAUUGAUCUCAGUAUGCUCACUGUUGGAGAUGGCCUGACACUGGCCAUCAAAAGAUAACCCAGAU